CCCCUGCUUAGGAAAACUGAGAUAGGAAAAGAGAGAGGGUGAGACUAGAGGAACGCAGCUCUGUUGUUGUGGUCACUCCGAGAACACUGCUCUGGCAGAAAUGAAGUGCAGGAACUGACCCGCUGCCGUCGGGAGGAGAGGAAUACAUGUGGAAGGGCUUAUUCAGAGUGGAUCGGGAUUAAAAGGAGCCGAGGGCUGCAUGGGUCCAGUGGUCAUGCCCCCAGGGAAGAAGGCCGAGGGCCCCAGCAGUGGGAGCGUGGCGCGGGGUCUGAGUCAGCUCUACCAGGACACCGAGGCCGCUGACCUCUCUCUGGCCCUCUCUGCCUCCCUCAGCCGGGCCGAGGACGAGGAGCUGACCAGCCUCAGCUGGUUGCACGAGAGCACGGAUCUGCUGACCAGUCUGGGCCACUCCGGCCUGCGUAGCGUCAGCCCCCUGCAGGACGCUAACGGUGGCCGCGAGCCCUCGACCUCGCCGUCGUCCUCCCCCGAGCCCAGCGAGCCGCCCUACCACCUGUCCACGGGUCCCAGCCGCAAACCUCCAUACUCCUUCAGCUGCCUCAUCUUCAUGGCAAUAGAGGACGCUCCCUCUAAGAGACUUCCUGUCAAAGACAUCUACGGCUGGAUACUGGAGCACUUCCCUUACUUCGCUAGCGCCCCCACUGGCUGGAAGAAUUCAGUGCGUCAUAAUCUGUCGCUAAACAAAUGCUUCAAGAAGGUGGAUAAGGAUCGCAGUCAGAGCAUAGGAAAGGGUUCUCUCUGGUCUAUUGAUCCUGACUACAGACACAAUCUGAUCCAGGCGCUAAAGAAGACUCCAUAUCAUCCGUAUUCCCCUCGGCUUCCAAAACCACCUACCUCCCCAUCUGCCUCUCCUCAGCAAUACCACAGUCCUCCACUAUGGCCAGGAAGUCCACUCUUCAGAAAAAAUGGAGGAGUGCUCUUACAAGUUCCACAGAGAGUGAUACAGCAUAGCUCACGUGUUGGUGCUCAGGGGCUCUUUCCAGUUAUCAGACCCCUUCCUUUGAGUCCUGUGAGCAAGAGGACCACCGCUGUGAGAUCAGCCCUGGGCGACUAUCUGACACGGGGUAAAAACAGUCUGUGCAGUGACUCUCCUCCCCCCAGCGAUGACCAACAGGAGGACCACACGUACAGCAGCUCCCAGUCCCCGAGCACAAAGGGGGACAUUUCUUCCCCCCUCUCCUCCUGCUCCACUCAGGGUUCCCUCUCUGCCCACAGCCACGGUCAGGAGGUGACGGUCACUGAGGUCAAGGAGGAGCAAAAAGACUUCCCGCUGGACGCUUCGCCACCUCCUUCCCAGCUGCUCCAGCGCAGAAGACUGCUGUGGACCAAAGGCCACCUACGGACCCCUGGUGACACACUUCCCCUGAAGAAGAGGAGGGCAGGGAAUCUCCUGGUAAAAGAGGAGGAAGAUGAGGAGAUGAAGGAGGCGGCGGGGUCGUUGCUUCACCUGGCUGGAGUGCGCACCGGUUUGAAUAAAAACGCUCAGCGUGCGUGUAAAGUUCAGAAGGAGCUGAAAGAGGAAGCCAGCGAUUAGCAAUGAACGAAAAUCCCGUUAACACAGAUCUAAAUACUUCUGUUCCAGGAUAUCAGGUGAAUUCUAGUCAGUUGUUGCAAUAUCAAAAAAAUCACUGUUGUCCCUUGUUAAAUUUGA